AUGUGGGAAUUUUACCCUUUUUUCAAGUUCCUCGAGGAUUCCCAAUGCCAUCAGGAUAACGAUGCCUUGUCCGUUGGGUGGGUGCUCCCAGAUCUUUACGCCCUGAUUUGUGCCAUCAUCAGUCCCGAGCUGUAUGAGCUGGAGCUGGUGGAUGAGGAGGCGUAUGAGCAGUGGCGGAGGGAUGAGCGAUUGACUGUGUUGGAGGAGAUGCUGACUGUUCGGGCUCAGGCUCAGCAGUUUGUGGAUUGGCCUCUUGACCCUUGA